ACCAUUCGUCCAUUGCGUUGCAACGGUGUUAAUAUGAACCACUGUAACGGCGGUCUGCAAUGACGUGCUGCUUGUCACAAUUUACAUUUACCAAGAAAAUAUUGGAAAACCAAAAUCGUUUAUCAUGAGUGAUUUGAAUAUUCCAAUAAUAGAACCCACUGUUGACUAUACAAAGAUUCCUUCUGUAAAUCAAAAACGAACAAUAGCUUUUAUAAACCACUUUAUAGCUCACACAAUAACAUUUUUGAAUAAAUUUUCACUGUCUUGUGAAGAGAAACUUUUUGACUUUGAAGACAAAAUACAAAGGGUUGAAGCAUCAUUAGAACUCUUAGAAGCAAGGUUAUCAACGAUUCCAAUUGCUGAUAAUGAACUGAUCAGCAACAUAGUUAAAGAGAAAAAAAGUGAAGAACAAAUAACUAAACACUCAGAAGUAACUUUAUAUGAAAAUAUUGAAACUAAAGAUGAAGUUCCUAUUGAGCCUAAAGUUGAAGAAUCUAAUAUGCAGCCAAUAAGUUUGGAUCCACAAUAUGCAAAAUACUUUAAGAUGGUUAGUGUUGGUGUACCAAAACCAGCUGUUAAAUUAAAAAUGGAACAAGAAAAAUUGGACCCAUCUAUUUUAGACAAUCCUCAUUUACUAGUUCCAAAACCAAAAGAUAAGAAUUCAGAUAUAAAUGUAGAUAGUUGAAAAAAAAAUAAAUAAAAAGUUUUGUAUAUGCAUUUUAAUUUUGUACAUAUAUUUGAAAUAAAAAGAACAAAUUUACAAACCAGUAAAGAUUUUUUAUUUAUUAUUAUUAAAUAUGGUUCCUUAAAGUUAUCU